AUGUAUCCAAAAAGAAUUAAGCUCGAUGAAGGGUACCAAAAGACAUACAAAAACGUCGAUGAACUGCUGCCCACUCUCCCUCGAAGUAAAGGCUGGUGGUUAGACCAGCUUCUUCAAUACCAAGGGUUCUGGUUAUCAACUUACGGCAUUCGAGGAAGUAUGUUGAUCGAUGACCACUUCAACCCUCGUCCCACUGACAUCAUCAUCGCAACAUCACCUAAAUGCGGCACCACGUGGCUUCGGGCCCUCGUUUUCUCUAUUAUCAACAGGAAUUCUUUUGAUUUCAGCGACCAUCCUUUGCGCAAGGCAAACCCUCGAGACUUGGUCCACUUUCUCGAAGCACAUAUUCGUGGAGAUGGGUCAACUGCUUCCAUUGAUGGGCUUCCUUCACCUCGGCUUCUCUCAACUCACCUUCCUUACGCUUUGUUUCCGGAAUGCAUGACCGAUGAUACCUUGGCUUGCCGUUUCGUUUAUAUCUGCCGAGACCUCAAGGACGUUUUAGCCUCAAAGUGGCAUUUCGCUAACAAGUUGAGACCAAAAGGAGUGCCACCACUUUCACUAGAGGAAGCCUUUGACUUGUUUUGCAAAGGGGUAUCGCACUAUGGACCGUUUUGGGAUCACGUUUUGGGGUAUUGGAAAGCUAGUUUGGAAUCGCCGAAAAAAGUGUUGUGCUUGAAGUAUGAAGAUGUGAAGAAGGAGCCUUUGGGGUGUGUGAGGAAAGUGGCGAAUUUCUUGGGGGUGCCAUUUACACCAGAGGAAGAAAACAAAGAGAUCGUGGAAGAAAUAGUGAAGCUGUGCAGUUUUGAGAAUAUGAGCAAUCAAGAUGUAAAUAAAAGUGACACCAGAAGUCAGGAAAAACCUAUUUCCAAUUCUGAUUUCUUUAGAAAAGGUGAAGUUGGAGAUUGGGUUAACCAUUUAUCACCUCAAAUGUCUGAGAUAUUGGAUCAGAUUACAGAACAAAAGUUUCAAGGUACUGGGUUCAGCUUUCACUGACUCCUAGUGUUAUCAUCAAGCUAUUACCUAUGUCCAUUAUGCUGCUCCUUCAAUAAUGUUUGAAUUUUAUUCUGUAUUAUUAUUGCAGUCAACACUAGUUGAUGUCUCUAUCUUUGAUUUUAAUAAUAUAAUCUUAGUAUCA